AUGAAGAUUGCUAUUGUUGGUGCCGGCAUUAGUGGAUGUGCCAUUUAUCUCGCUUUGAAGAAGCGUCUCCCCGAACCUCCAGCCCCUGGAUCACAACAUGAAUAUAUCAUCUUCGAAUCCUACGACACACCACGGAACUCUACAUCUCAGCAGGCCCCCGGCGAAACCCAUUCCGCCUCUCUUGUCGUCGGUGGAGGCAUAGGGCUCCACCCGAACGGGGUUAGAUCUCUAGAACGGCUUGAUGAGAAUCUAGCGCGCGAUGUCAAGCAUGCAGGACACUCUUUCAAUGUUCAGAAGUUUAUGAGCGCUUACGGCUGUACCCUCGCUCGGUUACCUUGCGCGCUGGAUGAUACGUAUUCAAUAUCACUGAGCCGGCAUGCCCUCUGGAAUUGCUUACGGAAUUACGUCCCCGACGACAUCAUAGUGACUAGGCGGGUUUCCAGCGUCAUUGCCAACCCAAAGGGCAGAAGCGUUAUCAAAUUUGCUGAUGGUAGCCCGGACUAUGAAGCAGACUUAAUCAUUGGUGCUGAUGGCUUGAAGAGUCCCACGAGGAGAGCUCUUUUCCCGGAGGCUAAGGAAGAUCCUUAUCCAGCUGAAUUCGGUGGGCGUUGGAGGUGUCAUCCAGUCGGAAGAAUUCAAACCCUUAGUUGA